UCCUCUCAUACUACCCUCGCCUGGUCUACACACGUCCGUGUAUGAUGCAGAUCUAGAAUAGAAUUGCACGAUUGGUUUUUCUAUGUCACCACCCCCCGCCGCUUCCGUCCUCGCCAUGGCGGCUACCAACGAGACUUGCGAUUCUCGACUGUCCGUCAGCUCCCAGGGCAGCAAUCCCGACGCCUCUGCCCUAUCCUUCGAAUCCUCCUUCCGCCUAGAAUCCGGCUACCCAACCUACGAUACUGCCACGGAGAAGCACCCCAAGGGCAAGCGGAAGCGAACCACGACCCAAGAUAAAGCUAUUCUCGAAGCCGCGUACAACGCCAACGCCAAACCCGACAAGGCGGCGCGUCUCGAUAUCGUGAGUCGCGUCUCGCUUAACGAGAAAGAGGUCCAGAUCUGGUUUCAGAAUCGCCGUCAGAAUGAUCGACGAAAAUCGCGCCCACUGACCCCGCAGGAGAUAGCAGCGCUCCGAUACGGCGGCAAUGUGCAAAUCUUGUCAGCUGAAUCAACGUCCACGUCCAUUGUCGCGCCCAAUUCGCCUGAGCAACUGGGUAUCGCAUGCGUUGGGGAUGAGAGAGGUCCUGAUGCUGAAAAUUUGCUCGCGGGCCCGCAUGAUAUCCCACCUCAACGUUCUCUUCAGUCUUCCCCGAGACCUGGUGAUGUGGAGCACGGUGUUGCUGAAAAGGUAGCGAAGCCGGACGCCGGACGCCCUGAGGUGGGCACACCGCCGUCGCGAAAAUCCGAGCCCGAGGGCCGCAUGUUCUCUCAGACCUCCCCGGCCCCAGCCACCUAUUUGGCCAACAGACGGAGCCUGGCGAGCUCCUUCUCCACCCCCUCUACUUUAGGACAACGCGGGGAUGACUCUCUCAGGGUGGAAUCAUUUUCGUCAUCUCUUAGCUCGACCAGGAGUUCUCCUGCCUCUAUCCUACCGCCGCUCUCGUCCUCGUCUUCCAAGAUUCGGCUGUCGCUCUCCUUGGAAGGAAAAGCUGAACUGGUGUCUGCUCAACCCUCCCCUCCGCGUCCAACCCGCUCGCAGCUGCCGGCCGAUACGGAUACCUUGCCGCCGGUCCGCAUCAGCCGGACUCUUCACAGAAGCCGGAGCGCUCUGUCCGGAGUCACGCUUCCACCAAUCUCUACUCUUACCGCCCACCUGCCUCCCCAACUGAGCCGCGGUCGGUCACGGGAUGUCCAUGCCUGGGAAUCCUGCUGCGAGGCUGAUACCCGCGAUGAGCUAACAAAACAGGCAGAGAAUGAGUCCUCGGGUUCCGCCCUCGCUGCCAUUAGCCUUUUGCGUUCGAGUAGCAGCUCGGCAAGCCUCAGCAACCUAAUUCAUGGCCAGAGUUCCACGAAUGUUCUGCAGUCUAACCCCGGCAAGCGUAAUGCGCCUUCCAACAAGUCUUCGCAGCGUGGAGUGACGAAGAAACCCAAGCUGGCUCGGGCGAGCAGCAGCGUCGCUCGCAUGCAAAAUCUGCCGCCCGUGUCGCUUUUGGACAAGCGCGCCGGCGAAGGCCCGGUGGAAGGACUGGGUGCUGAAAAGAAGCCGGCGAAAGGGGGCAUCUCCAUUAUCCCGAGCCCACUAGGCGGUGACUCGGAUAAGGAGAACUGGAGCCCGGAUGAGGAGGGCAACACUCACCGCCGACGGCCGCUACCUUCCCCCAAAAUGCCACCGCAGGUUCUGGAGGGCAAGAGCAAUCCCCGCCGCAUCGGUCGCAUUUUCGGAGAACAGGGUGGCUUGGGCAAACGACCGCUUUUCGGAACUCGAGCGAACACGGCGCCGGUGCCACGGCAGAUGCGAGAUCUGAUGAUAUUCGAGGAUAAGGAAACCAUUAAGAGCGGGAAAAGCGACGAGGAAGUCGAGCGUUUUAUGCGAGGCGAGGUCAGCCCUAGCAAGCGCGGCGAUAUGGACUGUGUUGCCGGGCUGUUGUCUCUAAGCCAGGGGAAUUGGCGCUAAGAAGCCAUAGGCACAGCGCAAUCCGUGAUUCUAGUUCCCUCUUCGAGGAGGAAUUUGUGCCCGGACUCCUUCCCGUCAUCGGAGAAGCAGGGCGAAUCGUAAUACGGAGCUACUU